CAAAAAUAUCAAAACGGAGCUGCAAAAGUUGAGAAUGAGGGUUAAGUCAAGUUUGACUAACCUGAAAUCAAAGCUUUCCAGGUCAUGCAACAGAUUCAUCUCCUUCUUACAUUCCCGGAUUCGCAAUGUCAAUAACAAUAACACACAAUCUUCUUCCUCUACUUUGUCGUCUUGCCUCUGUUUUCUCAGUAAAUAUAAGGAGCAGAGGAUGAGCCAGAUCAGACCCAGAAAUUCCCCAUCUAGUUUGAUCGAUGAUCCGAAGCUUAUGCAUUCAAGGCUGAUGUGUCACAAGAAACCGAGGACGAGUCAAAGAGAGAUGUCAAAGGAAGAUGAUGUGAAAGAGGCUUGCAGGAGCUUCGAGAACUAUAUGAUCCAUGUGAUCGUUGAAGAAGGGAAAAUUGAUGACUUGAUGGACAUGGAAGAGCUUCUCUUCUAUUGGAAAAAUCUUAACAGUCCUAUCUUCAUUGAUCUUGUGACUAGAUUCUAUGGAGAGCUCUGCACAGACUUGUUUCCAAGCGACAAUAAUGACGGUUAAACAUCAUCGAUAUGUUUUUUUUUUUUUAAUUCUUGGUUUUCGAGCAAGGGGAAGUGCGGGAAUAACGAUCUUGCAACGAAUAAUGACGAAAACUUGAUUCUUUAUACAAUUUAUUUUGUCAAUGAGCAACAUAAUCAAGGAGAGGAAAGAUAUUGUGAAAAGAUUAAUUAAUGGAUGGCAUAUUUCAC